CUCGCCGGCGCCCAAGCCGGCGGCGAAGCGUGUCUCGGGCGCCGGCGCUGCCGCAGCGGCGCCGAGCAGCAGCAAGACCCGCGCUGCCACUGCCGAGCCGUCUGCCUCGCGCCGUGCGCCCGCCACGGGCCCGCGCUCGCGUGUCGCCGGCACGCCUGGCCCGGGCGGACGCCGCGGUGCACCGGCAUACGUGGUGCGGACGGGCAUGAACCCGCUGCCCGCACCGCUGCCGCCGAGCAGCGACGGCGCCAACGAGCUCUUCGUCUUUGGCAACGGCGACAUGGGCCAGCACGGCCUGGGCACGGACGCUAUCGACGAGAUCAAGCGCCCGCGCCUGCACGUCUGGGUCGCCGAGAAGAACCGCUCGGAAACGCUCGGCAAGGGCGGCAUCGAGAGCAUUGCGGCGGGAGGCAUGCACACGCUGGCCAUCGACAGCACCGGACGGGUGCUGAGCUGGGGCAUCAACGACAACGCGGCGCUCGGCCGGCGCACGACGCGCGAGACGGGCGUCGACGCAGAGGUGUACGAGACGGAGCCGAUGCCCGUCGAGGGGCUGGGUCCGCAGGGUCGCGGCCCGCUGGCUGGUCCGCUGCCCGAGGGCGGCAAGGAGGGCGACGUCGAGACGUUCCGUGCUACGCGUGUCGCAGCCGGCGACUCGGUCAGCGUCGCGCUCAACGACCGCGGCGAGGUGCGCGUCUGGGGCAGCUUCCGCUCCAACGACGGCCUGCUCGGCUUCGACGGCCAGGUCGGCUCGGAGCGCACGCAGUUCCAGCCUGUCGCACUGCCGUCCCUCACGAAGCACUCCUUCGUGCAGAUCGCAUGCGGCGAUGACCACGUGUUGGCGCUCGCGACGGACGGCAGCGUCUUCUCGUGGGGCAACGGCCAGCAGUCGCAGCUGGGCCGGCGCAUCAUUGAGCGGCGCAAGAUCAACGGCCUGACGCCCGAGAAGCUCAACCUGCGCAAGAUGGUCGUCGUCGGCGCCGGCGCGUUCCACAGCUUUGCCGUCGACCACAAGGGCGAGGUGUGGGCGUGGGGCCUAAACAGCCUGCACCAGCUCGGCCUCGACACGGCCGACGACAUUGUGCCCGUGCCGCAGCGCGUCGAGCACCUCUCCCCCAAGGCGCUCGGCGGCGCGCGCGUCGUGGCCAUCACCGGCGGCUCGCACCACUCGCUCUUCCUGCUCUCCGACGGCCGCGUGUUCGGCACGGGCCGCUGCGACGGCUGCGAGCUGGGCCUGGCCGAGGACCACCCUGCCAAGAAGAAGGUCGAGGAGACGCGCGUGCUGUGGGAGUCGAAGCGGCGCGCCGAGCUCGAGGAGGAGCGCAAGGACUGGACGCGGCGCAUGGCCGAGAAGCGGCAGCAGCACGAUGACGCCGGCGCCGACGCCGCGGCGCUCGGCAUGGUCGUCUCCGAGGGCGACAUGGAGCCGACGAUGGGCCCGCCGCCGGACGAGUUUGUGCCGCAGCCGGUGCACAUUCCCUUCCCGCGCGCCGCCGACGGCAGCGAGACGCGCAUCCAGAGCAUCGCCAGCGGCGCGCGCCACAACAUCGCCGUCGCCGUCGACGGCACGCCGUACUCGUGGGGCUUUGGCGUCAGCUCGCAGCUCGGCCAGGGCGAUGAGGAGCAGAUGGAGACGCCGACGGCCGUGCGCUCCAAGCAGAUCCUCGGCUUCCGCACCGUCGCCGCCACCGCCGGCGGCCAGCACUCGGCGCUCCUCGCCGUCAAGCGGCCCGAGGCGUGAGCGGCGGCAUGCAUACAUCUCUCAACGGUCCACAUCUCUCUAGCAACGGCAGCACGUCGUCAGGUGUGGCAUUGCGCGCGUGCGACAGCUCAAGUGGGCGCUGCGAUGGGACAAUGCGUGGGUGACAGGGUGACGAGCACGGGGAGAGAGGGUGAGGAGCAUGGUGGACGAGCAGGGCAGGGACGAUGCGGAAGGUGGGCUUGGCGCGCUGGCCGCUCGAAGAUCGAGCCGGCGCU